AUUAAUGCUGUUAAGGGGUAAAGCCAGGUGAAAGGUCUAACCCACACUAUAUAUAACUAGUAAGGCAUAUAAUAUAUGCAUACCACACAAACAAUAACCAUGACAUCUUUAACUUCCGCUAAACUAUGCUUCCUGCCUUAUUGCCUUGUCAUCUUGUUGUAUGUUUCAUCACCAAAUUGGGUUGCUUUUCCUUUUGCUACUUCUACUUCUAAUACUGAAGCAAAGGCUCUUCUCAAAUGGAAAGCCAGCUUAUUUCCAAAUCAAGCCCUCAAUCAUCUCACCUGGUACGACCCUCCCAUUCAUAAUAUUAAUGCCACCAAUUCUUCCAGCAGCAAUCCAAAACCAAGAACAAGCCCAUGCACUUGGACUGGUGUUUCAUGCAACUCAGCUGGAAGUGUCAGAAUGAUAAACCUUUCCACUUGUGGUAUUCAAGGUACACUACAUGAGUUUUCAUUCUUGUCCUUCCCUAAUCUUGAAUAUCUUGACCUCAGCUUGAACAAACUCUUUGAUGCCAUCCCACCUCAAAUCAGCUACCUCUCCAAACUCCACCAUCUUGAUCUCUCCCAAAAUAACUUGUCUGGGAGAAUUCCACCAGAAAUCGGUCUCCUAAGAAAUCUUAGGUUUCUUCGUCUCUCUGUAAAUACUUUCUUGGGGGAAAUUCCUAAAGAGAUAGGCAACUUGAAAUCUCUUGUAGAUCUAAGGUUGUCUUACAACACUUUAAGUGGUCUCAUCCCUUCAAAUAUUGGUAACUUAAUAAAGCUAAAUACUUUGUACUUGGUUGAGGAUCAACUUUCUGGUUUGAUUCCUAUGGAGAUAUGGAACUUAAAAUCUCUUAUAGAUCUAAAGUUGUCUUACAACAAUUUAAGUGGUCUCAUCCCUCCAAAUAUUGGUAACUUAAUAAACCUAAACACUUUGUACUUGGGUGAAAAUCAACUUUCUGGUUUGAUUCCCAAGGAGAUAGGGAACUUGAAAUAUCUUAUGGACUUACAAUUGAGCAGAAAUCAACUCAAUGGUUCAAUUCCAGUCUCAUUUGCUAACUUGAGCAACUUGGAGACCUUAUACCUACGCGAUAACCAACUUUUUGGCUCCAUUCCCCAAGAGUUAGAGAAUCUCAAGAAUUUGACUAGACUGCGAUUGGAUACAAACCAAUUGUCUGGUUAUUUGCCCCCAAAUAUUUGCCAAGGUGGAAAACUCGUAAACUUGUCAGUACACAGAAACUAUUUGACUGGUCCAAUCCCCAAAAGCUUGAAAAAUUGCAUGAGCUUAGUGAGAGUCCGUCUUGACCAAAAUCAAUUGACGGGCAAUAUAUUUGAAGACUUCGGUGUUUAUCCGAAUCUUGAUUUUAUGAAUAUAAGCCACAACAACUUGUAUGGAGAAAUCUCACACAACUGGGGACAAUGCCCAAAGCUGAAGACCUUAAUAAUGGCAGGAAACAACCUUACUGGUAGCAUACCACCUGAGAUAGGCAACGCAACCCAAAUUCAUGUGUUGGACCUUUCUUCAAAUCAUUUAGUUGGGUUGAUCCCAAAAGAAUUCGGGAGACUGGCUUCUUUGGAGAGGUUGAUGUUGAAUGGAAAUCAAUUUUCGGGUCGUAUACCGUCUGAAUUCGGAUCAUUGAAUGAUCUUGAAUAUCUUGACUUGUCAACAAACAAAUUCAAUGAGUCAAUUCCAAGCAUUCUAGGUGACUUGCUCAAAUUGCACUACUUGAAUUUGAGCAACAACAAGUUGGCUCAAGCAAUUCCAUUUAAGUUGGGGAAGUUAGGUCAAUUGAAUUACAUGGAUUUAAGUCAUAACUCUCUUGAAGGUAAGAUACCAUCAGAAAUGGGCAGUAUGCAGAGUUUGGUGACACUUGAUCUUUCCCACAACAAUUUUUCGGGUUCCAUACCAUCAAGUUUUGAAGAGAUGCGCGGCUUGUCGUACAUUGACAUAUCCUACAAUCACUUGGAAGGUCCCCUUCCCAACAUUAGUGCAUUUCGAGAAGCUCCACCAGAAAGAUUGAAAGGGAACAAAGGAUUGUGUGGCAAUGUUAGAGCUCUGCUGCCACCCUGCAAUGCACAUGGCUCAAAAAAGGACCACAAGGUCAUAUUCUCUGUUCUAGCAGUAUUUGUACUCCUAUCUGCUCUCUUUACAAUUGUCUUUGUAAUAGUGCAAAGAAAGAAGAAGCAUCAAGAUACUAAACAAAACCAUAUGCAUGGAGAAAUUUCCUUUUCGGUUUUAAAUUUUGAUGGAAAAUCAAUGUAUGAGGAAAUCAUAAGGGCAACAGAAGAUUUUGAUUCCACAUAUUGCAUUGGGAAAGGAGGACAUGGAAGUGUCUACAAAGUGAAUUUGUCAUCUGGAGACGUAGUGGCCGUGAAGAAACUCCAUCUGCCAUGGGAUGGUGAGACAGAAUUUCAGAAGGAGUUCUUGAAUGAAGUAAGGGCACUCACUGAGAUAAGACAUCGGAAUAUUGUGAAGCUCUAUGGUUUCUGCGCACAUAAACGACACUCGUUUUUGGUGUAUGAGUAUCUUGAAAGAGGUAGCUUGGCCGCAAUGUUGAGCAAAGAUGAAGAAGCUAAAGAGUUGGGGUGGAUUAAAAGGGUGAAUAUUGUUAAAGGCUUAGCUUAUGCCUUGUCUUACAUGCACCACGAUUGCUUGCCAUCGAUUGUACAUCGUGACAUCUCAAGCAAGAACAUUUUGUUAGAUUCUGAAUAUGAGGCCUGUGUUUCAGACUUUGGCACAGCUAAGUUUUUAAAUCCAGACUCAACUAAUUGGACUGCGGCUGCAGGCACACAUGGCUAUAUGGCACCAGAGCUUGCUUACACAAUGGAAGUGAAUGAGAGCUGCGAUGUUUAUAGCUUUGGUGUGGUCACAUUGGAAAUAAUUAUGGGAAAGCAUCCUGGAGAUCUUUUCUCAUCUUUCUCAUCAGUCUCUUCAUCCUCCUCCUCCUUAUCAUCAUCUGCAUUACCAGCCCAUCAAAUACCAAUUGUGGAUGUUCUGGACCAACGCAUUUACCCUCCUACGCAUCAAGUUGCAAGCGAAGUGGUCUCUCUUGUGAAGAUAGCAUUUUCAUGCUUGAAUUCCAGCCCGAAAUCUCGUCCAACAAUGAAACAAAUUUCUCAUUUCCUCUCAACUCAGAUGCUGCAUUUGUCGAAGCCGGUACAUAUGAUGACAUGUGGUGAAUUGCUUGAGCUUGAUCCUUUGGCUACAUGAUCAGAAUAUGCUCCUUUUUUAUGCACAUUUCACUUUUCCUGUGUCUUCGGUUUAGAAAGAUUCUCCAUAGAUGUUUCCUUCUUGUAAUUUAUUUCAUGCACGUGUGCGCUAUGCUAUGGCUCUAUGUA